GGGUUCCAUCCCCCCCUCGAUCCGCCGGAAUACUCGUUCUUCCUCCCCAGAAAUUUUGGUUGUUUUCCUCCGAGUUUAUUCGUAUGGUCAUGCUUCAAUCACCGCUGCAGCUUUGAAUCCUACUGCGAAGCGCGUUCCAAGAUAAAAAAUGCGGGCUCUUGGGAGGAAAGUUUCAUUCGGAAUGAUCGAUCCUCUGUUCGUCUUUUGUCGCUGUUGUUGAUUCUUUCGGGCAUGAUGUGGUAAGGGAGAACUUCCAAAGCCGGUGGAGGAAGAAAAGGUUCGAUUUUUUGUAUCGAUUCUAUUCGCUACUCUGAUUUCUACGGAGAAAAAAAAAUCGGAUCUUUGCUGGAGAACGCGUGAUUCGAGUUCGGGAGUCAAUGGCCAAGCCUCAAGGAAGGUUGGGAUCCUUGUUGAACAACAGAUGGCUCGUGUUCGUGGCCGGGAUGUGGGUGCAAGCCGUCGCUGGGAUCGGGUACCUCUUCGGCAGCCUUUCGCCGGUGAUCAAGAGCUCCCUCGGCUACAACCAGCGGCAGAUCGCCAGCCUCGGCGUCGCCAAGGAUCUCGGUGACAGCAUCGGCUUCCUCGCCGGCACCCUCUGCGAGAUCCUGCCCCUCUGGGCGGCUCUUUUUAUUGGUGUGCUGCAGAACUUCUUCGGGUAUGGCUGGGUUUGGCUCAUCGUCACCGGGAGAGCGCCCCGUUUGCCACUGUGGGCGAUGUGCAUUCUUAUAUUCGUGGGGACAAACGGAGAGACCUACUUCAACACAGCUGCACUGGUUUCGUGCGUACAGAACUUCCCCAGGAGCAGAGGCCCGAUAGUGGGAAUCCUGAAGGGGUUUGCAGGGCUCAGUGGUGCGAUCUUGACGCAGAUUUUUGCGAUGAUGCACACACCUGAUCACGCUGCUCUCAUUUUCAUGGUGGCCGUCGGACCAUCCAUGGUGGUCAUCUCCCUGGCGUUCAUCGUCAGGCCCGUUGGAGGCCACCGGCAAGUGCGACCUUCGGAUCAGUCUAGCUUUAUGUUCAUCUACAUUGUAUGCUUGAUCCUGGCUGCUUACUUGAUGGGUGUCAUGCUUCUGGAAGAUCUGCUUGACCUCAACCACAUCGUGAUCGUCCUGUUCACGGUGGUGCUGAUGCUUCUCUUGCUGGUUCCUAUCGCCAUUCCUCUGCUGCUGGCAUUCCGUGUGGAUGCCGCCGCUUCUCCCGUCCAAGAGCUUCUCUUGCCCGAACCUUCGAAAGAGGAGACAAGCAAAUCAGGACAACAAAACGAGGUUGUCUUCAGCGAGCUCGAGGACGAAAAGCCCAAGGAUGUCGACCUGCUUCCUGCGUUGGAGAGGCAGAAGAGAAUCGCUCGUUUGCAAGCAAAGCUGUUCCAAGCAGCCGCUGAUGGAGCUGUCCGGGUCAAGAAGAGGAGAGGCCCGCACAGGGGAGAGGACUUCACCUUGAUGCAGGCACUCAUAAAGGCGGACUUCUGGCUUAUGUUCUUCUCCCUUCUCUUGGGAUCCGGUUCCGGAUUGACUGUCAUCGACAAUCUUGGGCAGAUGAGCGAGUCUUUGGGUUACGAUGAGACUCACAUCUUCGUCUCCAUGAUUAGCAUUUGGAAUUUCCUUGGUCGGGUAGGCGGAGGCUAUGUAUCUGAGAUCAUUGUCAGGGACUAUGCGUAUCCGAGGCCAGUGGCCAUGGCGUUCUCUCAGGUCGCAAUGGCAAUCGGGCACCUGUUCUUUGCCAUGGCUUGGCCUGGAACGAUGUACAUCGGAACCUUGCUGAUUGGACUUGGAUAUGGAGCUCACUGGGCUAUCGUUCCGGCUGCUGCAUCCGAGCUGUUCGGGUUGAAGAACUUCGGAGCCCUGUACAAUUUUCUUACCGUGGCUAAUCCUGCCGGAUCAUUAAUCUUCUCAGGUCUCGUUGCCAGCGGAAUCUACGACUACGAAGCGGAAAAACAAGCACACCAACAUCAAAGCUCGGAGGGUCUGCAACUUGGAAAAUUGCUCCAACUUACUGCACUGAAUGCGGAGGAGCCAUUGAAGUGCAAAGGAGCAAUCUGCUUCUUCUUCAGUUCAUUAAUCAUGUCCGGACUUUGCGUCAUUGCAGUGAUCCUCAGCAUGAUCAUUGUUUACAGGACUAGAAUCGUGUACCUCAACCUUUACGGACGUAAUCGCACGUAAUUAUCUGAACUCAGACGCCAUUGACGCCGUCGAGUCCUUUUGGUCUUGGCAACUCUGUUUCCGCUUGCCCAUUGAAGCAGAGGUGUUUCCAUGUUCCCAAGAUUAGAUUAACGGAGGCUGGAUGGAUCGGUGGAUCUUCUUUGUGAAGUAUCAUCAUCUUGUAGUGUCUUGGAAAAGAGUUGGUACAUUCUGUGGUGUUCUAAUGUAUCGGUUUUGAUGCGUCUGCAUUCGAUAUAACACAGUGGUUCGGUUUCGGAA